AUGGACGGAAACGAAGAAGAUUCUAGCUCUCAGGUUAUUGAAGUUUACAAGCAUGAGGAGAAGUCCCUAGGAAGUGGAGUUUCUGACCCUGCAUUACCAACUCUUGGUGCUGAUCAAUACCUUAAGAAGAACCGAUCACCAUACUUAAAGGUUGUAUCAGCGAUGUCCACCCAGCUUCUUUAUCAAUCAUGUCCAUACCAAGCAACAACCCUGUUAAUCUCUGGUCCCUAUCUGGAUAAACUUUUGACCAGUCAAAAUGUAUUUGCUUUCAAGUACACAACGCAAGCGACGGUUUUCAUAGUUCUUUCAUGCCUCAUCUCAAUUUCUGUCAAUUUUAGCACAUUUCUUGUAAUUGGAAAGACAUCUCCAGUCACCUAUCAGGUUCUUGGACACCUAAAGACAUGCCUUGUAUUGGCAUUUGGUUAUACUUUGCUCCACGAUCCAUUCAGCUGGAGAAACAUCAUGGGUAUUCUGUUGGCCAUGGUUGGGAUGAUUCUAUAUUCUUACUAUUGUACUCUUGAGAAUCAGCAAAAAGCCGUUGAAGCUGCCACACUAGCAUCCCAGGCAAGGGAAGGUGAAUCUGAUCCUCUAAUUAAUUUGGAAAAAGGAACCAGCGCUGUGACUGACAGUGUUGGACAUAUGUCCCCUGUAUGGAGCAAAGACAAAGACUAAGAUGU